UGUCUUAUUCUGUUGACGUUUGCAUAGUUUGACAGUGAAGCAAAACGAACGGAAAAAUCAAUUUUACUGCGAAGUUUUCAUAUUUAACGUAAAUUUUCGAAAACAAUAAUAUAACAUCAAGUGCCCAAAUUGGUUGCGGUGGUGGAGGUGGUGCAUCGCAAAAUGUCGGUGGUGAUUGAAACGACUAUCGGAGAUGUUACCGUGGAUCUAUUUCUAACGGAGCGUCCUCGUGCGGCAUUAAACUUUCUGAAACUGUGCAAGCUUAAGUACUACAACUUUAACCUGUUUCACACGAUCCAGCAUGGAUUUAUCGCACAGACCGGCGAUCCGGGCGGUUCCGGCGAAGGCGGCUCGUCCAUAUGGGGCGUUUUGGAGGGAAAGCAUAAGCGCUAUUUCGAAGGAGAGGCUGUCCCGAAAAUCAAGCAUACGGAACCAGGUCUCUUAUCGAUGGUAUGUGCUGGUGAGGGUCUAAUCGGGUCUCAGUUUUUCUUCACCUUGGGGCCGGAUCUAAUCUCGCUGGAUGGCGGUGGGCAUGUCGUGAUUGGUGAAGUAACGGAAGGGCAUGAGGUAUUGAGGAAGCUGAACGAAGUUAUUUGCGACGAGAAGCAUCGACCGUAUCAGGAUGUGCGGAUUACUCACACAGUCGUUCUGGAGGAUCCGUUCGAUGACCCGAGAGGUUUCAAAGAACCUAGCCGUUCGCCAUCGCCAUCUGCAGAACGUUUGGUUGGUGGCAGAAUUGCUGCAGAUGAGGAUAUUGACGAUACCGAUGGGAAGACGGCUGAAGAGGUCGCAGAAAUGUUAGCUGAAAGAGAAGCGAAGGCACGGGCCACUAUUCUGGAAAUAGUCGGUGACAUUCCCGACGUAGAUGUUGCUCCACCGGAGAACGUGUUGUUUGUUUGUAAAUUGAAUCCAGUUACGACGGACGAUGAUUUGCAGAUUAUUUUUAGUCGGUUCGGAAAGAUUAAAGGUUGCGAAGUGAUUCGGGACAAAGUCAGCGGAGAUUCACUGCAGUAUGCAUUUAUUGAGUUUGAGGAGCAGAAGUCCUGUGAGGAUGCCUAUUUCAAAAUGGAUAACGUUUUGAUUGAUGAUCGUAGAAUUCAUGUCGACUUUUCGCAGUCCGUUUCCAAAGUUCGUUGGAAAGGAAAAGGCAAAGGGAUCGAAUAUUUGGACGGAAGCGACAAAAAAUCCUUUAGGGAUAUCGAGUAUAAGAAUGUACGAAGAGAUCGAAAACGUGCACCAAGUCGAUUGAGGAAGUCCAAAAGUUCCGGAUCAUCCAGCAGAUCUCGGUCUCGUAGUGUAAAACGCCGGCUAAGUCCAAAAGGACUUAAGGGCGGGGGACGUAGAAGGCGAUCUCCUUGGCGAAGAGGUUCCGGUGGAGGAGGAGGUGGCGGUGGUGGAGGACGCCGAAAUCGAGACAAACGAGUUCGUCUUUCGGAAUCAAAUUCAGGGUAUCACGAUGAACAUAAUGGUCGAGACAUUCGCGUUGUUCAAGGCAUGGUGGAUUACAAGAACCGCCCAUAUCCACCAACUUACAUAAAACGUAACGCCCCAAAGGUAGAGUCUGGUCCGAGUCGCUCCGGUCCACGUGAUCGUCGCUCCCGUUCACCCAUUCGAAACCGACCACAGCGUCGUUCAAGAUCGAACGAGCGACGGCGUACUUCGCGUUCCCGAUCUCGAAGUCCUAACCUCCGGAGAAGGUCUGCAUCGUCCGAUCGUUACCAGCGUCGAGAUCGUAACCGCCGCCGAAAUUCUCGUAGUCCGCUGGAAUUGCAUUCACUAAGACGCAAAUCUGUUAGCCGCUCGCCGGAUCGCAAACCUUCCAAAAGUGGUCGCUCAUACUCUACGGAACGACGUGUCGAUCGUAGUCGCAAUCGCCGGGACUCAAGUCCGCCAAAUCGCCGCAACCUGGCCCCUCCCAGAUUUAAGGACGACAAACACAAAUCGUCGGAUCGGUAUUCGGAUGACGAUCGGUCCAAGCAAAAGAAAAAGAGUAGCAAGAAAAAAUCGAGGAAACACAGUGACAGUGAUUCCGAUUCGGGCUCCGAUGAUGGCGGAAAACAUAAACGGAAGAAGAGUAAGAAAAGGAAGUGAACAAACUGGUUAAGUAUUUUCGAGUGUUUCAACGAUGCAUUCGGCUUUUGGAUUGGGCAUACUUAUUUGAAGGGACAUUAUAAUUACUAUGUUAUAUCGUAAAAUACUUCUCUUGAAUUCUAUGUAAUGAAGAUAAUUAUGGAAAGUACCUCGACUGCGA